AUGAGGGUUUUGCAAUCGGACGCUUGGGACGUCCAAUCGCCUGCAGGCAACCAUGUAGAUUGGAACACCUUGCAGAUUCCUGAAGCCUCGCUCAUCCUCGCUCCGUUGAAUGUGCCAAUUGGGAUCAGAGCUGGCAAUGGGCCCCGGGCCAUGGAGGGCCAGGCUGAGGUAAAGUCGUUGAAGCGCACCCUGGAGGCAACCCUGGUCAAAGCUGCGGGCUUGCAGUUGCAAGGUCGUCAACUACGGCUUCGUGCGGAGCGAGCAGAGGCUGCCAAGGCCCUCGCAGAGGCAGAAAGCCAGCGCCUCCGACAACAGGUAAGGCGGCUGCAGGAGCAGGCAUGUCCUUCAUGCUCUAGCUGUUCCACGAGUUCGUCCAAACCUGGCUGCGGAAAACCUCAGCCUUCGCACAAAAGGCCUUCGGCUCCUGUCGAUCCUGCCGCGAUGCUGAAGCGGAUCCCAGUCCCCUUACGUGCAGUCGAUCCACUGCUUGCUGGCCCGGGAGAGGAAGGCUUCCAGCCCCAGUGGGCUGGUGACUAUUUGGAGGCUGUGCAAAAGCAGGCAACGCUGGACCCAGAUACUAUCUUCGGUACUGUGCCGCCCUGUGACAUGCAGGAGCUUUUUCCGGACGCGCUGUUUCUGGAGGUCGGCCUGAAGCCGGCGAAGCGGUUUAAGUCGACCACUGAGCUCAGCAUCUUCCCGGAUGAGGUCUACACCUCCUGGUGGUUUGUGAACUCCACAGGCCUGGAUGUCCGUCUCCUGCAACCCGGAGGGCCUGGCCCCAUGCACCCGGUGGCGGCCUUUGGAAGCAAGGUGUCCAUCCUGCCCGAGAUCCGCAACGAUGCUGGAGACGGCGUUGCCUUCGUUGGACUCAAAUCUCAUGCGCCCAUGGAGGCCAACGUGCCAGAUGUUGGUGGAGCAGUCGCCGUGGCUGUGACGCCACUCCAUCCCUGCUGCCUCAGAACGGAAACGGUGGCACUUCCGGAGGCGAUGCGAGGCGUUCCCAGCUGCCUGGUCAGCCUGCUGCCAGCAAUGAUGCUGUUUAACCACACAGAGAAGCUGGAGGUUGGCUUCAAGCAAUGCGGAUGUCCCUCAGAGACAGCGGUUUGGGUCUCGGCCGGCACCAGUCGGGCACUCUGGUGGACCAGCCUCAGCGACCAGCUCCUUCAGGUGGCUGUGAAGCACCAGGGCUCUCGGACCUCGUGGUGCCAGCCCUUUGAGCUGAAGGAGUCCAGAAUAGGUGCUUACCCCGUCGCCUUGAAAGCACAGGCGGAGUCUCGCUUCCUGCUUUGCGUGUGCAUCGACUUCGAUGCUGCAAGCUGGGCUGUCACAAUCAAAGACAACAGCUUCUGUCACAUGCUUGUUAACAAGCAUCCUGAUGUUCUGCUGCAUGCCAGCAUGGAAGGAGUUGGCGAGGCCUUCGGGGAGCAACUGCCUAUCGGGGGCAGAGGACCACCAGCGGGAAAUGUGCCACGGCUCCGCCUGGCAGUGCAGCGUGCAUCAGAUGCUGGUGAACGCGCGACAGUGCUGGUCGAUCUGAAUCGCAGUGGCAUGCACAAAGUGCCACGCUGGUCUGGCAGUGCUUCUGGCGCACAUUCUGCACAUGCUCAAGCUCAAAAGAGGACAAAAUCCACACUCCGUGUGAACGCCACCGUGGUCGUUGCCAUACAUGAUCGUGUGGCUGUGGUCACCGUCAUGCCUGACAAGCCGGCUGCUUUCGCCCCGGUGCCACGACAGGUCGAGGACAGUGGUGGAGAAGAAGUGGAGAGCGAAGAUGCAACCCUCCUCAGGACGUUUACGGGUGAGCUGAAGAUCGACACGCUUCGUGUGGGUCUGGUGGUGGAAGGACCCUCCGCAAGCCUGUCGCCUUCAUCCGUUUGGGGUACCGCAGCUGCUCUUGCUUCAUCCGAGCCGCGACGGCGAAAUGAGGUCUUCACGAUAAACUUGCGGGGUGUGGUUGUCAGUGUGGCCCAGACGCCUGACAGAUGCCGCGAUGUGGAUUUUCAGAUCUGGGACAUUCAGGUGGACAUGCAGCAUCCGAGAAAAGAUGUCGUCUUGAAAAGCACCUCGCAGCCUGCACUUCGCACGUUCUCUCGAAGAGAUGAUGUGCUCGAAAUGGACGUGCAUUUGCGCGAGGUGAAGCUCGCAUUCGGGCACCUGGAGGUCUCUGUGAUGGGUGCACUGAUGGAUCAAGUGCGUCUCCUCAGGCGAAACCUGACAGUGGGAAUCGGUGGCCUCACGUUCGACCAGGUCCUGAUCAGGGCGAAGGGCGCGCUGCAUUUGAGCAAUCCGCAACCUCCGGAUGCUUCGUCGAAGCUUGUGGUUAACAAGCUCGUUGUUGGAGAUGCAAGGGUGGAUGUUUGGUGCCAGCUGCACCUACCUGAUGCGCAUUAUCUCCCAAAGUCGCUUCGUGACACCAUUCAGGUGGUGAGCUUGGGAACUACCCGUCUAGACAUCAAGGGUGCGCAGGUCAAGCUCCCACAGCAGGUACUCUUUAGCGAAAAGAACCCCGCGGAGGGAAACUUCGGCAUUGUAGCGUCCAAAGUUUGGCUGCAGUAUCUUCCGCUGGUCAAAGCUUGCUGGCGGUCAUUGCUUCAGCAUUCCAACAUUUUCUUGGGCGGCCUUUUAAGCCGACACACUUGGAACCCCAGGCAGAGGCGUGAGUGGCGCUUGUCGCCGCCUCUUUGUCGCAUAGGCCCUUCAGGCGAGCUUCGCCUGACGGAGACCGGAUAG